AUCAGUUGAGAACGAGGAGCGCGCGUGAACAGAACGCAGAUACAGAUACUCCCUGGGUCAUAGAUACAUUUGCAGUGCGCAUUACUCACUCGACCGCCAGAUACGAAGAUACAUUUCGCAGUGCGCCAGACGAUUGCAACUGCAAACUGGAUUUACCACCCAAAAACUAACAAAAAAAAAAGGAAGACCAAAACAAUAACCGCAACUACAACUCGUGUUAAGUGAAAAACGAAGCCAAUUGCAGCAGCAACAAAUAAAAAACUUUCAAAACCCGGAGCCGUAGCGAAAUAGAAAAGUAGUUCAGAGCGUGAAAAAUACGUUACUAGCUGCAAAAGUUGUGAAACGUAUCCGAGAGAUACGAAUCCAUUUGGGAGAGCGAGAGCGGCCAAAGCAAAGUGCAAUUUCUAAAAGCAAAUACCAAUAAAACACACAUAUUUAAUCCGUCAAAACCAAAACAAAUAAUUAAGGCUGAACAACUGAAAUUGGGCGAAUUAAUUUUACCCGCAACCUCGAAGGCGAUUCGCAAGACAAACUAUUGUUGGAUUAACAUAUUUUCGAUCAAGUGCGUUGUACCCCCGAUCCCUUGGCAUAUUCUUAUUUCGAUGGCUCUUUGUUUUGCUCGCCACAUUCGCAGCUGCCAAUUGGGCUGAACUAAAAAAAGAACCGAGCGAACGGAAGCGAAAUGCAAGUGGAGGCCAGCUAUCCAAAGUACGCCGGACGUGUGCCACCUUUGGACCUCUCGCAGGUGAAUGCUGGCGAGGAUCUCUGGUCAGGCAGUGCAUCGAGUACUCCGAACUCCAAGCGCCACCUGCAUCAUCAUCCCUACCAAAUGCUGGACAAAUGCCGCGGGGUUGUCACCUUGAUUAGUCCACCCAAUUCCUCAUCCUCCUCCUCCGAUGACAACAACAAUCGACUGAUGAUGGCUGGCGAGGAUGGGGCCACCAGGCUGCUGCAUCCCAUGGGCUCCGAUGGUCUGCCCUUGGAUCCGCGCGAUUGGACGAGAGCCGAUGUGUGGAAGUGGCUCAUCAACAUGGCCGUUUCCGAGGGACUGGAGGUCACCGCCGAGCUGCCCCAGAAGUUCCCGAUGAACGGGAAGGCUUUGUGCCUGAUGAGUCUGGAUAUGUACCUGUGCCGAGUUCCCGUGGGUGGCAAGAUGCUCUACCGGGACUUCCGGGUGCGAUUAGCCCGCGCAAUGGCCCUCCUCUCGUAGGAAGCCUCACCCACUUCUCACUGGUUGUACAUAUCUCUAGGAUUCGAUUUAGUUUAGCCUAGUUCUCCUACUCUUAAUGCCUAGUCGCUAGUGCUCUCGUUGGUUAAGUCCUAGCCAUAAUAUCCUGCAUUUCAAUAUUGUCAAAGAUUGCUCUAAGUUCACAUUUCACAUGAAAGUGGAGUGAAAAGAAAACACGAGUGAAGUGAAAAUGCUGUCCUAUUAGUACGUUAAGUUCGCAUCUGAUGAAAAUAUAAAAUGAAAUUUUAUAACUGAA